UUGAAGUGGGUGUGCGCGGGAUGAAUGUCAGAGAAAGAGGUUCACGGGUUUGUCUUGAAAGGCCCUUAUUUCACAGUCCUAUACAGACACAUAUUCUUUCUCACUCCCUCACUACAUUACCAUAAUUUUUAUACUCCUAUUAUUCUAUCAUUUUUCUCAUUUCAACCCCCAAAAAAAAACAUACUUGUAAAUCAUACAAAAAAACACUACAUUUUUAUCUCACCCAAAAGCUCAUAAACCCUUUGUUUUUACCCAUCACAGCCACCGAAAAGCCUCCACUCUUUCUUGUUUCCUCUUCUCCUUCCAUACCCUUCUCUUUGUGCUGAUCUGCAGCUUCUUUUGAUCUUCAUCAAUGGCGCUUAUGUUAGACAACUGUGAAGGCAUUUUGCUGUCACUUGACUCCCACAAAUCUGUUCCUGCUCCUUUUCUUACUAAAACUUACCAAUUAGUUGAUGAUCCCGUCACUGAUCAUAUUGUUUCUUGGGGUGAGGAUGAUUCUACUUUUGUGGUUUGGCGGCCACCUGAGUUCGCUAGAGAUCUUCUUCCUAAUUAUUUUAAGCAUAACAACUUCUCUAGCUUUGUUAGACAACUCAAUACUUAUGGUUUUAGAAAGAUUGUACCAGACAGAUGGGAAUUCGCGAAUGAAUUUUUCAAGAAAGGAGAGAAGCAUUUACUAUGUGAAAUCCAUCGAAGAAAAACAGCUCAGCCACAAGUAGCUAUUAAUCACCACCACCAUCACCACCCACAUUCUCCACUCGGUAUUAACGGCCCGAGUUUCUUUCCAUUUUCAAGCCGAGUUAGCAUCUCACCAUCUGACUCAGAUGAACAACUCAACAACAACAACUGGUGUGACUCGCCGCCCCUAUCUUCACCAAUCACUAAUGCUUCGGUUAUUAAUGGCGGAGGCGGUGGUGGAUAUAAUUGCUCAGUUACUGCUUUAUCCGAAGAUAAUGAAAGAUUAAGAAGAAGUAAUAAUAUGCUAAUGUCUGAACUUGCACACAUGAGAAAGCUUUAUAAUGACAUAAUCUACUUUGUUCAAAAUCAUGUCAAGCCCGUUGCUCCGAGCAAUUCAUACCCUUCUUCAUUACUUCUUUGUGCACCAACUAAUGCUACUGCCACGCCAUUUACUUCUAAUGGUUCGUUACUACAAAAACCAUUAAAUCAACUUCAUGGUUACAAUUAUAAUCCUCAAGUUCAUGUUUUAAACUCUCCUACCAAUACUUCACAGAGUUCUUUAACAGUUCUUGAUGAAAGUUUCAAGAAUACAAAGUUGUUUGGUGUUCCUUUACAUUCCAAGAAAAGAGUGCACUCAGAGUAUCAUAAUGGUUCUAACACUGGAAAUAUGGAGGCUACAAAGGCUCGUUUGCUGUUGGAGAAAGAUGAUUUAGGGUUGAAUCUGAUGCCUCCUUCAACCUGUUAGUUUCCUCAAUACCAUUUUAAGAUCUGAGGUUUCUUUAAUUUUGCCUUUUAUUUCUUUUAGUUUUCUUGAUUUAAAUAUAUUUCCUUGUUCGAUUGUGACGGUCGUUCUUCGAGUCUGAGAUAUCACAUAUAUAGUUGAUUAAUAUGUGCGUGUGCGUGCGUGUUUGAACUUCUUUUGUAUAGCCAUGAAUGCAAAUGGAUUUUGGUUA